GCUCGCCUGGGACCGCCCGGAGCGGGGAGCUCGCCUGCCAACCCGGCUAGGAGCGCCUGGGCGCGUUUAGGCGGGGGCGGUGGCCCCUGGAGCGGUUGCCGCGGGGACCGGGCUGAGACGCGGCCCAAAGGCGGAAGUGAGAAAGUUGUCGGCGUCUCGAGGCGAGUUGGCGGAGCGUUGCGCGCGGCGCGGCUAUGGGGGGCUCGGGCAGUCGCCUGUCCAAGGAUCUGCUGGCCGAGUAUCAGGACUUGACGUUCCUGACGAAGCAAGAGAUCCUCCUAGCCCACAAGCGGUUUUGUGAGCUGCUUCCCCAGGAGCAGCAGAGCGUGGAGGCGUCACUUCGGGCACAAGUGUCCUUCGAGCAGAUCCUCAGCCUUCCAGAGCUCAAGGCCAACCCCUUCAAGGAGCGAAUCUGCAGAGUCUUCUCCACGUCCCCAACCAGAGACAGCCUUAGCUUCGAGGACUUCCUGGACCUCCUCAGUGUGUUCAGUGACACAGCCACGCCAGAUAUCAAGUCCCAUUAUGCCUUCCGAAUCUUCGACUUUGAUGAUGAUGGAACCUUGAACAGAGAAGACCUGAGCCAGCUGGUAAACUGCCUCACAGGAGAGAGCGAGGACACACGGCUCAGUGCGUCCGAGAUGAAGCAGCUCGUUGACAAUAUCCUGGAGGAGUCUGACAUUGACAGGGAUGGAACCAUCAACCUCUCUGAGUUCCAGCACGUCAUCUCCCGUUCCCCAGACUUUGCCAGCUCCUUUAAGAUUGUCCUGUGACAGCAGCCCUGGUGUGUGUCCUGAUACCCUGUCCAAGAACCUUUCUGCUGCUGAGCUGUGGGCAAGGUCAAGCUUGUGUUGCCAGGGUGGGCCAGGCGGGCCCAGCCUGGAGCUGGCACUGUGCAGCCUCACCCGGUCAAGGGCGGCCUCCUCGUCAGGGCCGCUCCUCUGCCAUUGCCCUGUUUGUUUGUACUAAUCAGUAAUAAAGGUUUAGAAGCUUGA